UAUAUUUGCACCAAAACAAGAAAAAAAACCAAUACUUUAUUCAUUUAUUCAAUGGAAGAAUUAACAGAAAAACUAAAUCACACAACACUAGAUCCCCCGUAUCAGCAGCAGGAGGAUGAUAUCUUUUUUUCACUUCCAGGACUAGAGGCAGCAUUCCAGAGUCUUCUCGAAGUAGUGCAGUACCCAAUCGAGCACCGGGAUAAAUUUGUGCACUUGGGUAUUGAACCACCCAAGGGAGUAUUACUCUACGGGCCACCAGGAGUAGGCAAGACGCACUUGAUCCGGGAGCUCUGCAAAGCCACGGGAGCGCAGCUUACGCUGAUUCAAGGACCUGAAAUCCUAGGCCCCUAUUUGGGCGACAGCGAGCGUCAGCUACGCGAAAAAUUCACACAGGCGCAAAAGCUUUGCGAGAGUGAUCCCCAAAAAGCAUCGAUUCUGUUUAUAGACGAAAUUGAUAGUAUUGCGGCUAGCCGGCAGGACGGCGGCAGCAGCAGCAGUGGGGGGGAGGGGCAGCAGGGGGCGCGGAUUGUCGCGCAGCUGCUGACGCUGAUGGAUGGAUUGGAGAGUCGUGGGAGGCUGGUUGUUGUCGGUGCGACGAACCGGCCGAAUGCAUUGGAUGCGGCGCUGAGGCGGCCGGGGCGGUUUGAUCGGGAGAUUAGCGUGGAUGUGCCGGAUGUGCAGGCGCGAGAGCGGAUUUUGGCGUACUACACGCGGCUGAUGCCACUGCACAGAAGCGUCGAUCUGCGGGUGCUGGCGGAGUCGACCAAUGGGUACGUCGGCGCAGAUAUCUCCUCGUUGUGUGUUGAGGCGGCGACCCACGCGAUGAGCAAGAACGCACAAGGCGGCAUUGAAAUGGCGGAUUUUGUCUGGGCGCUUGGCCACGUAGUGGCGUCGACGCGCCGCGGAUUGACGGUGGAUGUGGUGGAGACGCGGUGGGAGGAUAUUGGCGGAUUAGCGCAGAUCAAGGAGACAUUGCGGCGCGCAGUGCAGUGGCCGCUGGAGCGCGCUCACACGAUGCAGCGGCUGGGCAUCCGGCCCUCGCGCGGGGUGCUCCUGCAUGGCCCACCGGGAUGCAGCAAAACGACGCUUGCGCGCGUCAUUGCGACGCAAACUCGGGCGUCGUUUUUCUCCGUAAAUGGCGCCGCUUUGUAUUCGGCGUUUGUCGGCGACAGCGAAAAGACCCUGCGUGCGGUGUUUCGCCAGGCGCGGGCGAGUGCGCCGGCGGUGGUGUUUUUGGACGAAAUCGAGUCGAUGGUGGGCAAGCGGCUGAAGGAAUCGGUCGGGGAUAGUGUGCAGGAAAGGAUUCUGUCGACGAUCCUCAACGAGAUGGACGGCGUUGAUGGCGCGAUGGAUGGCGUUCUUGUGGUGGGGGCGACAAACCGCAUUGAUAUGGUGGAUGAUGCGCUGCUGAGGCCGGGGCGGUUUGACCGGAUUGUUUAUGUGCCGCCGCCGGAUCUGCCGGCGAGGAGGGAGAUUUUGGGCAUUCAGGUGAAGAAGAUGGCGCUAUGCAGCGACGUGGAUCUGGAUCUGCUGGCGCAGAGGACUGAGCGGUUUUCGGGCGCGGAUCUGGCCAAUCUGGCGCGUGAAGCGGCGAUGCUGGCGCUGAGGCAGGACAUUUGUGCGGAAGAAGUGAGCAUGGCUGAUUUCGACAAGGCACUGCUGGUGGUGCAAGCGUCGCUUAAGGAAGACGUGAUGCAGUUUUACGAGGCAGUACAGCGUGAGUACGGCUGAUAGGAAAAAAUGGGUUUUUUAUGUGAUUCAUAAACAGGCUUUAUUUCUUCUUUUUUCUUGUUAUUUUAAAUGGGGGAAGAGGCGUUUCUGGAAUGUCGUGAUUGAUGAUAGAAAUGUCGAUUAUAUAAUUGAGAGUGUAAAAAGUUUGUGUGCGAGUCGAGUGAAGCUGUGC